AUGAAAAGUAAAUCCAUAAUUGAUCACUCAAAAAAAAAGAAAAAGAAAUUUAAUCCUUUAGCACCAAUACAAUCCAAGAAAUUGGAACCUAAAGUAAUUAAUUUUCAUGGUAACGGGAUUAAUACAGAAUAUGACGACGAUGAUUAUGAAAAUUACACUUAUAAUUUAUCCAAAAAACAAUUAAAAGAAGAAGCAAAAAAAUUAUUAAUUCAAAGAAAGAGUUUACCCGUUUACCAAAAUAAAGACGAGAUUUUGAAAUAUAUCAGUGAAAAUACUGUAGUUGUGUUAAUUGGUGAAACUGGUUCAGGGAAAUCUACACAAAUUCCACAAUUUUUAAUGGAUUUACCUUUUUCUGAAAAUAAUAACCGCAAUGCCGUCAGCAAGCCUAAAAUAGCAGUUACACAACCUAGAAGAGUCGCUGCCAUAAAUUUAGCCACUCGUGUUAGCAAAGAAUAUGGUUGCCGAGUGGGGGAAGAAGUUGGUUACAGUGUUCGAUUUGACAAUAAAUCAUCUAAUAACAAAACUAGAUUAAAAUAUCUAACGGAUGGUAUGUUAUUGAGAGAACUUAUGCUGGAUUCCAAAUUGUCACAUUACAAUUAUAUAAUUAUCGAUGAAGCGCACGAAAGGACCAUUUUAACGGAUUUGCUGUUAGGAUUCUUGAAACAAUUAAUCACUUGCGAAAGAAAAAAUAAUUUAAAAAUUAUUGUGAUGAGUGCCACCUUACAAGCUGAAAAGUUUAGUGAUUUUUUUAAUAAAGCACCCAUAUUAUUUGUUCAGGGUAGAACUUAUCCCGUAGAAAAAUAUUAUAUUGCUAAUAGCAAUAAUAACAGCAGGGAUAAUCAUAGUGACGUUGUAGAAAGUAUGAUUCGAAGUAUUGUACAAAUAAAUAAUGGUGAGCCAUUGGGGGGUGAUAUUUUGUGUUUUUUGCCUGGCCAAGAAGAAAUUGAUAAAGCUUGUAAUUUGUUGAAUAAAAUUUCUCCAUUGAUACAUAAAUAUAGCAAAACACCACAAAUUGUGGCAUUGCCUUUGUAUGCAGCAUUACCACCCAACAAACAAACGCAAGUUUUUCUUCCAUUGAGUGAAAAAAAACAAUUCAAACGGAAAGUUAUAUUAGCAACAAAUAUUGCGGAAACAUCUGUUACGAUACCAGGAAUCAAGUACGUUAUAGACUCCGGAUUAAGAAAAGUUAAAGUUUGGAGACACCAAUUGGGAUUAUCUACCUUGUUAACAGUACCAAUUUCAAAAGCAAGUUGUUCUCAAAGGGCAGGUCGUGCAGGUAGAGAAAGUGCUGGUAAAUGUUUCAGAUUAUUUAAUGAGCAGGAUUAUGGUAAGUUGCCAAUACAAAACGAACCUGAAAUUAUUAGGUGCGAUAUUACUAAUCCCAUACUAAUGCUAAAAAAAAUAGGUGUUAAAGAUGUUGUUAAUUGGACAUGGUUAGAAAACCCUGGUAAAUCGUCUAUUAUAUAUGGCUUACAAGAAUUGUAUGAGUUGGGCGGGUUAAAUGAAAAUGGAGAAAUAACGAAAAAAGGUAGUGAAAUGGCGUUGUUACCUUUGUCCCCACAUUUAAGCAAUGUUAUAUUAGAAGCUUGUGUGUCCCAUUGCUUGGAUAGUGUAUUAGACAUUGUUGCCUGUUUAAGUGUGGAAAAUUUAAUGCUAAACCCUGCAGUUGAACGAAGAGAUGAAAUUAACGAAAAAAGAUUGUCUUUAUGUCAUAGAGGUUCUCAAUAUGGUGAUUUAAUAAUGAUGAAAGAGUUAUACGAUAUGUACAAUUCUUUAAAAACGUCCGCAGAAAAAGACCAGUGGUGUCAAGAAUUGUGCAUCAGUUCAAGAGGGUUUAAAAAUGUUUUAAAAAUUAGAGAGCAGUUAAAGGGCUAUAUGCGUAAAAUAGGUUAUAAGUUAGAUGGAGAAGAGGAAAAGCAACAACAAAAUUUAUCAGAUACAAAGAGAAUAUUGAAAUGUUUCUUACAUGGAUAUAUUAAAAACACAGCUAUUGGAAUGCCUGACAGAUCAUACAGAACAACAGCUACUGGUGAAACAAUCUCCAUUCAUCCAUCAUCUUUAUUGUUUUUAAAUAAAAACUGUCCGGCUAUAUUAUAUACUGAGUAUGUUUUUACUACAAAAGGAUACGCUAGAAACGUGAGUAGGAUAGAAUUAUCCUGGCUACAAGAUGUAGCACUUGUAGCUAGAAAGUCUAAAUAA